AUGGAUGCUCCGCCAGAAGCCGCAGCAGCAGCAGCAGCAGCAGCAGCAGCAACUGCAGCUGCAGAACAGGGACACUCGCUGCCCUUUACCCACCAAGAGCUGCCGUUUACCUGGGACGGAGACCCUGUGGUUGCUGCGCCCCACUCAGCAGCAGCAGCAGCAGCAGCAGCAGCAGCAGCAGCCGGCGCUGCUGCUGUUUCCUCCGGGUUUUCAGGAGCCCUGGAGCAGCAGCAGCUGCAGCCGCAGGGAAAUUCUUCUCUUCACUUUCUGGAGCAGCAGGGGCAGCAGCAGCAGCCCCACGGGCAGACGCAGCAGCAGCUGCAGCAGCAGCAGCUGCAGCAGCAGCAGCUGCAGCAGCAACACCUGCAGCAGCAGCAGCUGCAUGAGCAGCAGCCACAGUAUUCGGCGGCUUCUCAGGAGCCGCCGCUGCCUCUGGUGCCUCCGCUGCAGCAGCAGCAGCUAGCUGAUGAUCCAGCAGCAGCAGCAGCAGCAGCAGCAGCAGCAGCAGCAAGGCCAGUUGUGGCCGGAGCAGCAGCAGCAGGCGUUCCCACGUCAGUUGCUGGGGCGCUUCCCGCUGCUGCAGCAGCAGCAGCACCUGCUGCUGCUGCCAGGAUAGGCAGCGCAGCAGGAACCCGCAGCAGGAGCCGCAACAGCAAACCUGCUGCCCGGCUUGCUGCUGCGCUGCGGAAGCUGGGAGUUGUUGCUGCUGCUGAAGAUGCAGCAGCAGCAGCAAGAGCGCAGCAGCUCAGCAGCGGCGGCCGCACUCUGAGGCGAGCUGUGAGGGGAGAAGGUUACUUUAGAAAGAUUCAGGGGGGCAUGCUGCUGUCGCCGCCUGCUGCUGCUGCUGCUGCUGCUGCUGCUGCUGCUGCUGCUGCUGCUGCUGCUGAGGACGACGAGGUGGAGGCGGAGCCGCCGGAGGUGCAGGGCGCAGAAGACUCAAAGGCUGCUGCUGCUGCUGUUGCUGCUGCUGCUGCUGCUGUUGCUGCAGCAGACCCGCCAACAGCAACAACAGCAGCAGCCAAGAAAAGACCGCCCGGCGGCAGCAGCAGCAGCCAACGCAGACGCACUCAGAGGGCCCGUUCUGCUGCUGCUGCUGCUGCUGCUGCUGCAGAGGGAUCUAUAGAAAGUGGCGUGUGGGUCGAGGAGCUGACAGCAGCAGCUGCUGCUGCUGCGGGCUACCCGCCUCAGCAGCACUCAGAGCAGCAGCAGCAGCAGCAGCAGGAGGGCAGUGGAGUUUACAGAGUUCGGUGGAUCAGCGGCUGCGACGCAACAAUGUGCAUGAUUAUUCCCCCUGCUGCUCCUGCUGCUGCUGCUGCUGCUGCUGCUGCUGCUGCUGCUCCCGCUGCUGGCGGCUCUGUGGCCUCUCUUGCUGCGUGCUUAAAGUUUGCGCAGCAGCAGCAGCAGCACUUCCAAAAGCAGCAGCAGCAAUUAGCUGUUGCUGCAAGUGCAGCAUCCACGUCCACGCAGGCGCAGCAGGAGCAGCAGCAGCCGCAAGACAGCAACAGCGCCAGCAGCAGCGCCGCUGCUGCCGCGCAGCUGCAGCAGCAGCAGGUUGUGUUGCAGCAGCAAGCUUUGCUGCUUCAGCAGCAGCCGCAAGAAGGGGUUCACAGGGUUUGGCGGGUGUCUGAAAUCGACGCGCUGCUGCGGCAGCAGCAGCAGCAGCACCCAGCAGCAGCAGCAGCAGCAGCAGCAGCAGCAGCACCAGCAGCAGACAGUCUUCACCUCUCCCUGCAGGGCUCAGCAGAGUCGUCUCCACUGCAGCAGCAGCAGCGGAAGGCCUUGAAGUCAGUUGCAGCAGCAGCAUCACCGGGGUCGCUGACUCCAGCAGCUGUAGAAGCAACAGCAGCAGCAGCAGCAGCAGCAGCAGCAGCAGCAACAGUCCAGAAGGGGCCCGCCAGGAACGCCCUAGGAAGGUGGGAGUCCCGCAGCAAAUCUGUUGGUUCUAAUUCUUCUGCUGGACCUGGUGCUGCUGCUGCUGCUGCUGCUGCUGCUGCUGACGGCCCCCCUUCGCGGCUGCCGCUAAGCCCUGCAGAAGCAGCAGCAGCAGCAGCUGCUGCUGUGCUGCUGCCAGCAACUAAUCCAGGGGGCAGGCCGCCGGGAAUGAGUGCAAGCUCAAGGCGGCGGCGGCUGGCUAAGGCGCGUGCUGCAGCAGAAGCAGCAGCAGCAGCAGCAGCAGCGGAAGCAGAAGCAGCAGCAGCAGGACUCGACCCAGAGGCAGCAACUGUCGACACAAGUGCCUGGCAAGACCAGCAGCAGCAGCAGCAGCAGCAGCAGAUGCUGCUGCUCGACCAAACCGGGGCCCCUAACUGUUCUUGGGGAGACAGCAGAGAUAGUGCUGCAGCCCUGCUGCUGCUGCCGCAGCAGCCGUCUGCUGCUGCAGCAGCAGCGUCAGCAAGAGCUGUUGCGCUUGCGGAAGCCUGCCAGCAGCAGUCUGCUGCCUGGGCAGCAGCAGAAGCAGCAGCAGCAGCAAAAGUGCAGCAGCGAAUUGACCGCGAAAGACUCGUUAUGGCUGCCGCCUGCGGCGCGCCUGCUGCUGCUGCUGCUGCUGCUGCUGCUGCUGCUGCUGCAUGUGUAAAGCAAGAGGGGACCGGAGAGGAGAGCGAAGCAGAUGCCACCACAGCAGCAGGCAGCAGCAGCAGCAGCAGCAGCAGCGUGCUGUCUGCGCAGGACCAGCACGUGCUGGUUGUGGGCGGCGGCGAGGCGGAGUCUCUUUGGGUGUGUCCUGAUGGGCAAGUCAAGCGGACCGCAGCAGCAGCAGCAGCAGCAGCAGCAGCAGCAGCAGCAGCAGCAGAAGGCAGCUCUCGCGAGGAGAAGCUGCAGCAGGCGCUGCAGCCGUUUCUGGCCUACUGGAAAGUGAGAGAAGAAAGAGCAGAAAUUGAUCCUUAUGGCAGCAUAACGCGGGCGCUGGAAGUGCUGCAGCAGCAGCGCGGCGACAGUCCUGCUGCAGCAGCAGCAGCAGCUGCAGCAGCAGCAGCAGCAGCAGCAGAGCAUACAGAGUGGCUCUACACGAAAGGCAACGAGGUCGCCCUUGAUGCCCUUUCUUCUAGUCUCUCCUGGCUGGCCAGUGAUGCAGGCAAGACCCUAGCUGGAGCUGCUGCUGCUGCUGCUGCUGCUGCUGCAGCUGCUGCUGCUGGAGGCGAGCAGCAGCAGCAGCAGCAGCAGCCUGUGCCGCAGGGCGGCGAGGAGAGCAACGGCAGCGACUGCGGCGGAAGCAAAGGCGGCGCCACGCCGAACUCUCAGCCCUGCAGCAACUCCAGCAGCAACUGCGCAGACGGCAGCAGCAGCAGCAGCAGCAGCAGCAGCAGCAGCAGCAGCAGCAGCAGCAGCUGGACGACGGACGACUGGGGCAGCGCCCUCAGCGCGCAGAAGGAGAAGGUGUUGGCUUUGUCAAAAGCAGCAGAAGCUGUUGAGGAGCGGCUGCUGCUGCUGCAGCAGCAGUUUCCUUGGUCAGCAGCACUUAACUGCUGCUUCUUCUCGGGGGCCCCCGAAGCAGCAGAAGGGGGCCUCGCGCGGCAGCUGCAGCGCCGUUUGCUGCAGCUGGGUGUGCUCGGAGACGCAGAUCCUGCUGCUGCUGCUGCUGCAGCAACUGCUGCUGCUGCGGCUACAGCUCUGCCGCCCGCAGCCGCGGCGAAAGGCAGCGGCAGCUCUCAAGGCCAAGCAAUGGACGCAGUUGCUGCUGCAGCAACUGCUGCUGCUGCUGCUGCUGCUGGAGCAAGCAGCCGCCAAGGAGGCAGCGUCAGCAGCAGGAAGGCUUCCGGUGUUGCAGCAGCAGCAAAAGCUGCUUUCAGGGGCUCGCGGAGGCCCGCAGGCAGCAGCCGCAGCGCCAGCGUAGCAGCAGCAGCUGCAGCAGCAGCAGCAGCAGCAGCAGCAGCAGCAGCGUCGCCGGCUGCUUCGUUUACUUCCGGCAGCAGCGACCGCAGACCCUAUUCGCAUCUGCCUGCUACUCAAGAGGAAGACACAUCGCUGCAGCAGCUGCCUCCGCCGCAGCAGCAGCAGCAGCAGCAGCAGCAUAGCUUGCUGCACCAAGGAGAGUCUCCCUCGAGGCACAUGAGCUUGGCUGCUGCUGCUGCCGGUCCACCCCUGCAGCAGCAGCAGCAGCAGCAGCACACCCAGCCCAUCGCAGGGUCGCAGCAGAUGCAGGAUCAGCUGCUGCAGCAGCAGCAGCAGUUACAUCUCCUGCCUAAGCAGCAGCAGCUUCCGGCGCAGCCGCCUGCUGCAGGGCUGCAGCAGCCACCGCAGGAGCAGCAACAACUCCUGCAGCAGCAGCAGCAGCUGUUACACCAAAAAGCUGCAGCAGCAGGCGGCGCUGCAGCAGUAUCUGCAGCACCUGAUUUGUUUUCAACCCCACAGCAGCAGCAGCAACACUUGAUGCCGCAGCAGGGGUACAUAAUGGGCCCUCAGCAGCAGCUGCUGCAGCAGCCGCUGCAGCAGCCGCUGCAGCAGCCGCUCCAGCCGCCGCUGCAGCAGCCGCUGCAGCAGCAGCUGCAGCAGCAGCUGCAGCAACCGAGUGGGGAGCCAGCAGUAUUCGGGCGCAUGCACAUGGGGCUGCCCUUUACAGAAGAGCAGCAGCAGCACCAGCUGCUGCAACAGCCAUUCCAGCAGCACCCGCCGCAAGCACUGCAGCAGCAGCCGCAGCAGCAAAUACCGCAGCAGCAACUGCAGCAGCAGCCGCAGAUGCCAGUGCAGCGCCAGCUCAUGAUGCACUACCCGGCGCAGCAGCAACAGCAGCAGCAAGAUUUGCUGCUUUUGCCUCACGUGCAGCAGCAGCAAUUCCCCCUGCACCAGCAGCAGCAGCAGCCAUGCUUCAUACCGCCGCAGCAGCCGCUGCAGGAUCCGCGGCUUCGAGUGCCACCGGGGCAGCAGCAGCAGCAGCAGCAGCCUUGUGUGCUGCAGCAGCAGCAGCCAGUCCUGCUGCAGCGGCGAGGCAGCGUGAUUCCGCCGCCGCUGCAGCAGCAGCAGCCGCUGCUCGAACAGCCGCUGCAGCAGCCCUACAUGAUGACUGGGGGCCCUUUGCCGCCUGUUGGGCAGCAGCAGCAGCAGCAGCAGCAGCAGCAGCAGCAGGUGCUGCUGCUUCCAGGACAGCAGCAAGGCUCUGCUGCAGCAGCUGCAGCAACUCCUGCAGCAGAUCGCAAGCCGAGUUCUGGCCUGCGCCGGUCAGCAGCAGCAACAGCUCGCAGCAGCGUGGAGUAUGGAAACGGUGCUGCUGCUGUUCCCGCUGCUGCUGCUGCUGCUGCUCCCGGCAGCAGCAGCAGCAGCUGCAUCAGCGAACAGCGUAAAAGAGCCCGCAGUUUCAGGGCCUGCAAAGGCCGAGCCACGAAGACACAGCAGCAGCAACAGCAGCAGCAGCAACCUGCAGAAGAGGCAGCAGCAGCAGGAGGGGCGUGUGAGGGAACGCAGCAGCAGCAAAAGCUGGCGCAUUUGAAGCAGCAGAAGUCUCACUCGGGUGCCACUUUGUGGGCCUGGCCAUCCCCAUUGCUGCAGCAACAGCAGCAGCAGCAGCAAGGGCUACAGCAUCGGCAGGAGCAGCAGCAACGUUGCUGCGCAGCUGCAACCGCAGCACCUGCAGCAGCAGCAGCAGCAGCAGCAGCAGCAAGCGAGGCAGCCACCUCGACUCCUGGGGAUGCAUGA